AUGAGUUCGUCCUCUGCACUUGUGACGCUAUUGCACAUGACCACCGCUGCCAUCCAGAUCGGUAUGAACUUGAGUCCAGCUCCGGAUAUGUACCGAGUGCACAACUCCAAGACAACGGGACAAAUGGCAUUGCUUCCGCUCGUGCUCAUGUGUUUUAACAACCACCUGUGGCUCCUCUACGGAUUGCUGACCGAAAGCAUUUUUCCACUAUGCGCUGCGGCGCUGGUUGGUGAAAUUGCCGGGGUCGUCUUUACAAGCAUCUACUAUCGCUGGGCACAAAACAAGUUUGAGUCUCGACAGACCUGCGCUGUUGCUUUGUUUGGAAUGGCACUCGUCACGAUGUACGUGCUCCUCGGUGUUGGUGGUAAAACAGGCCAGACUUUUGACCAAGUUGUGCAGUCCUUGGGCUACGUUGGUGCGACCAUUAACAUUUGCAUGUACGCGUCGCCCUUGGCCACGAUCAAGGUCGUACUAGAGACCAAGUCGUCGGCGUCGCUGCCCAUCAACUUGUGCGUCAUGAUCUUUCUCAACUGCUGCAUGUGGGUAGCUACGUCUAUCGUGGACGAAGACAUGUUUGUGUUGGUCCCAAGUGCCAUUGGCCUUGUCUUUAGCGGCGUCCAGAUACCGCUGUACUUCAUCUACCGACCGUCGAAUGAGUACAUGGAUCUGAAUGCUCAGUUGGAAGAAGGCUCCAGUACAUCUACUAUCAAGACUGUUGAGCUUGACAUGAAACAUGUGCUACCCACGACAUACCGAAUCGUGCGUCCGUCCCGUGUGGCUCGCUUCAUGGGCUACCAAUACCAACGCGCGGAAGGAACCCCUGUCAUGAUAGCAGGUACGCCUUCGUACUCCGGCACUGAGAGAAGCCCACAUUUGUUCGAUGAGCUCUCGAUGAUCUCCACACCGGGUUCGCUACGCUACUCGUCCGUUGUCGAAGACGACUACGAUUACGACAUGCAGCCGUUGCUCGUGACGCCCGUCUCAGUCUAG